GGUCCCUAUACGAGAGAAAUGACUCAAGGCCAAAUCUUUUUUUUUUUCCUUUUUGAGACAGAGCCCACCCAGGAUGGCCUUGAAUUCAUGAGCUCAAGUAAUCCUCCCACACCUGCCUCCCGAGCAUCUGGGACUAAAGGGGCGUACCAUUAAUCUUGGCAAGCACAUUUAUUUGUUUGUUUAUGGGUAGCUCACACUCAUUCACCUAACUUAUACUAACCCUUACCAGAUGCCAGGCCCUGUGGAAAGAGCCCCAAGCUGACGCUAAAGCAGAGGCUAUCCGUGUUUUGUGUAACUCAGUCAGAGUCCUCACAGCAACACUGUGCUUCCGAUGCCAUAUGUGUAUGCAGAUAAAGUAGCGGUUCCAUGUUCAGAGGGACAUGUGAAGCAGGAGUAAAGACAUAGCGGGAGCCUUCCAGCUUCCUCCGUCCUCACCCCCAUCACCAGCGUCAGCAAGCUUUUCUCUGGCUGACAUGAUGGUAUCAAAGCUAAAGAUCUGUCUAUGGUCCAGGCCCACAGGGGCCUAGCCAGGUGUAUUCUCUAUCUUCUGCCUACCCCUGUCUUUAUCCAGAGGCCUUUCCCUGGGUUCUGCAGCCGUGGAAGGCCCUCAACUGCAUCUAGUUACAUGUUGCCCUCCCCCCCCCCCACUUCCAUUUAGUAAAAGCAGCAGCCCAGGGUCAAACACCAGGGCUAUUUUUAAAAAGCUCAUGUUUAAAAGUUAAACUUUCAUCCUUGGGGACACUCCGAGGAACCCUUUCUCCAAUGGGGGAGUUGGGGUUCUACCUGGCUAGUGCUUGGAGCUGCCACAGUAGCAGCUGACCAGCUUCCCCAGAACAAGCUGUAAACCUGGGGGCAUUCGCUGGGCUCAUCACCCCUGGACCCCUUGGGAGUUACAGACCAGAAAAAUCAGCCAGAGGCCAAGCCAAUUAGAAUGGAGACCGGGCCAGGGCUGUGCAAUGAGAUAAUUUAUCACAGUAAUUGAAUGUUUACACCCUGCAGAGCAGCAGGAAAGAGAGGCCCCAUAAGAUCUCAACCCAGGGUCUGUCUGUCCCUUUUGGUUCUGGAGUCAUCCGACCACGCAGAAAGGGUGCAUUUUUCUGAUGCUAUGGGUAGUACAAAUAUCAUACUUUCUACCUUGGGCGGCUCUGGAUUAAGACUGAUGUUUCAUCCUCUCAGCUGAGGCACCCAGGUUGGAGUCAGAGGUCAGAGAUACCAUUCCAUCUUCACCAAAUCCUCUUAGCCCUAAAACUCCAGGGUGAGGAUAACCCAGGCCUCCAAGCCAGGCUCCCGGAGAUGAAAGAGCCACCUUUCCCCUCCCCAGCCACAGCUGCCACCGGGAUCUCCUACACACACGUGCCGCGGUGGCCUCAAAGACCAGUCACUGCACCCCUAUCCUGCACAGAGGUCCGAAGUGGGGUGGUGGAAGCAGGAAGUGGCCAUUGAAGUCGUAGCCAACAAAGUUUAAGACGAGGCAAGAAACUUCCCCUUUCAUCUUUCCAGCCGCUCGGGUUAGAAGAUGAUUUGGGACACUCAGUGGCCUCCCUUUUGGGUAAUAGAAGCCUCCUCCAGAUCUGCCUUGGUUCCGAGGCUUGAAAGCCUCAAGUGCCCAAAGUUCCUCAGCUUCUCAAAGUCUUUAAGGCCUGGAUGGAGGGUCGCAGCCGAGGUCCACAUGCCCCUCAUUGUGAGCGUAUGGGGCGGGGAAUGAUUAACUCCAUCGAGCCCGCCAUAUGCAGGGCCCAGACGAACCCGGGCUCUAAGCUCAGGGCCAGCAACAUGGAACACAGCACCCGGCCAGGGAGGCGAGCCUGCGGGGGCGGGCGAGCCGGAUGACAGGUCUGAGGUGCACCAGCAGCUCCCGGCGCGCGGGGCGAGGCGGCUCCACCACUGUCCUCCGGCCGGCGCGCGCUCAACCCUCCAGCUUAGGCCUCUCCAGCACUGGCCCCAAUUCCCUGCCCCCAUCCCCCGCCACAGUUCUGUCCCCGCAAAGUCCCCGCGCCGAUCCAGCUCCCCGCACGCUGGAAGGAGAAGGUGUGCCCUCUCUUAAGUUCUCGCGGCUCGCGAGCCUAUCGUCGCGCCUCCCCGGCCGGGCAAGCCAACGAGUCCCUGCGGUCACCACGUUUCUCGCGCGCGCGCAGGAACAGCAGCCGCGGUCCCCAGCCGCUGGUACCCGGGGCAGAGAGACUAGGGAGGGCUUCCCAGCCGGGGCCGCGCCUGGGUGGGCGGGCCGCGAUCGAGCUGCGUGGCUGCACAAACACGACGGGACUGAGCUGCACACGCAGCUGCGGGCGCGCGGUUGCGGGCCGGGGGGAGGCGGGCUACGACGGCCCACGCACCCGCUCCUGCCGCCCCGCAGGCCGCAGAAGUUGGCCGCCGGAGGCCCAGCGUGUGCUGAGCUGCAGCCACCGCCUGCACGGUCGCCCGGGGUCCCUUCGCUGGCCGCCCCGCCUGCAGGCCUCGGCCGCCGGCCGAGCAACACUACUUACCCGGCUCCCGCUCGGCCUCCGGCCUCAGCAGUUGCCCCUUCCUUCCGCCGCGGGCCACCGCCUUUGGGUCGCCUCCGAAGAGCCCAGCCGCCUGCACGCACUCCCGGAUUUUUUAAAAACAAACAGGCGCCGUCGCUUCCCCCGCGCUGUUCCCGGGGCUUCAGCCAAGCCCGCACCUCCCGAAGCCUGGAAGUUUGCUGGCAGGGCCCGAGCGGGACGUGCGUGCUGUCACCCGCUGCUCGCAACGCGGCAGCCUCGGCGCGCCCCGCGCCCUUACAGUCUGCCUGGAGAGCGCUCUCCCCUCCCUGCGUGUCACCCCCAGUCCUGCGAUGCAGUGUCAGGAUUGCACGGCUCUGACUCAUCGGUUGAGCUCACAGCUUGAAAAAAAAAAGAGAGAGAGAGAGAGAGGGCGAGAGGCAAGACCGAAGGAGGAGGACUCGCUGGCGUGCUACAAAGGAUUGCACAACUCGAGCCUGGGAGCUCCAAGCGCCCAGUGGCUGGCCGGCGCGCGCAGCACGGCGGCGGCGAGCAGGAACCAGCUCUACCACUUCAUCAGCACAACUGUCUCGGGGCGGCCUCUCUGCCUGCAGGCUCCGCGCCGCCCACUUCCUGCGACCAAAUAAGGCUGGGAGGCGUCUUUAAACCUCGGGGCGGCUGCCCGGGCUGGGGAUUUCCAGCAGACCUUACCUCCACUUGCAAGGCUGUGGCCACCCUCCUCCCAACCCCCCCCCACCCCCACCCCCAGCCUAAGCCCCCAUGGCUCUUCUGUAAUCAACAGGCCACGCGGCUUGUUCCUUGCACAUCAAGGUCAGGAGGAGACAGUGACGAAAUGUUUGGAAACCCAUCCAGCCUGCCAGGAAAGUGUGUGUGUGUGUGUGUGUGUGUGUGUGUGUGUGUGUGUGUGUGUGUGUGUGUGCGCGCGCCCCCGCCAUGGCGAAGAGGACACAAGGCGCUUUCCUCUACAAAGAAAGCUGUGACUUUGGAUGCAGUAAAACAUGCAUAAUCCUCUCUGAGGCAGUUUACUAAGAGCCUUCCUGAGUUAGGAUUUCUAGCCGCCACCCUGCCGGUAGGUUAUAGAGAAACCAACCCCGUCUCUAUAAAGGACUUACAGGAACAUUACUUAGGAGAUGAAACGUUCCCGGGUUGAAUUCUCACAAUCUAGGCCAAAGUUGGGCGACUUUGACUCAAGGUCUUCUUAAACCACCCUGACAUAAUUUUCAGGCUCUAGCCAGUGAUGCCUCUUUUUUGCAUUUUGGUGGAUGAUAGGAAACUAGAAUUCUUCCAGAGCUGAGGGAAAGUCAGGUGUGUUUUGCUGUCUGUAUGGUGUUGUUUCUUAAGAUGAGUCAGAAAGCUUUCCUUUGAAGGAAAAACCACCGAGGAACACACUGAGUUCUGGCAGCCACUUUCCCUGGUGUCCAGUCCUAAGAGUCAGGUGCAGCCCUUCCUCUCAGAAGACCAAGGGCAGCAGACCCAUCCUCACCCCUGAGAUUGCAGAGCCUGAGUCUUCACCUCACCUAGGGAGUGGGUGACACAGACAACCUGCACAGAAACUCAAAGAACCAAGAGGCAUGGCUCUCCCAUCUUCACCCACCUCUUUGCUGGCUGCACCUCUGUGCACCUGGAAGGACUCCUCCCCAGAAGACAAGGGCUUAUUCGUCGUGUUAUGACAGGUCAGAGGAUUGACUACAAAACACCAGUUUCUCCUUCCGUGUGACAGUUCGUCCAUGUGAGGAAAGCAGAAGCAUCCCACUUGGCCCCCACUGUCCACUGCUGCCAUUCAUUAAACCUGCCGUACGUACAUACGAUGACCUUGUUAAAGGCUCAGCCCCUGCAGUUAACCAGAGCCAGCCCAGGGAGAGCCCCUAAAGAAAAUACAAACUGGCCCUGGGACAUCUCAAAAUAUGACCUAGUGAGGGGCACGGUCCUAGAAGAGUCUGCCACCACAGAGCCAGAGGCCAGCCUCACAGGAACAAAUGAGAGCCAUUAUUACUCUACAGAGAACUGCUGAGCCUGGUUUCAGAGGGCUUCCUCCACACAGGCUGCUGGGCCUAUCCCAAAGCAGCAAGGGGGAGGAGAGGCAGGGGCAAGAUGUACAAGAAAGAACAGUCGGGGGUGGGGGUGGAGUGGGGGACACAACAAGGACAACACGUGGGAGCAGGAGGGGAGACUGGACUCUGCCUACCUUGAACAGCAGCAUACUUCUUCACUCAACAAAGUUUCUAAACUUGGGCCACCUGAGAAAGGAGGAGAAGGGCUGUCCUGACGGUGGUAGAAGUCUCCCUCUCAAUAAGUAAAUGGGGUGGUAUGAGGGAAGCCAUGGCCUUUCUGGGAAAGCCCUGGGGGUCAGUCUUUCUGCAGGUAUGGCGGAGCAGAAUCACUGACUUGUGAAAGCUCUCCAGGCCCUUCCUACAAGCCUCUGGGACAACCAAGACGGUGGCCUUUCAGAGCUGGGAUUGAGCACUUCCUCGGAAGAGCGCGGGUACCCAAACCCCUUCUCAGUCUCCAGUCCUACACUGGUCCUUUAUUCCAUCAUCGUCCUACCGUUUUUCUGACCUUCCCUGGGUCAGAGCAUCGUGGGCCAGAUCAGAGCUCCUCCAAGGCACAGCUUAGACCUUGGUAACCCUGAUACCUACACAGUACCUGCACUUGGUGCAUACAAGUGAAUAAUUUUGGUGAGAACUUUAAUAAAACCGUAUAUAUAUAAAAAAUAAAUCGUAAUUUAAUGGCUA